UUUGAAAUAUAAAAAAUAAUAUGAGUCAAUUAUUUAUUAGGCCAAGGCAUAAUAGUCCUGUGAGCGAUUCACAGAUGGAAGAUGAUACCUGUAAUGCAAAAAUCACUCAAAAUCCUAACCGAAGCGUAGCCUGGUCUACAGAAUAUUGCACUACUAAUAAAUAUCACAAAUCAAGCUUUUAUUCAGGAGGGAGAUAUGAAGAGAGCAAGGAUGAUGUCUAUAUGAGAACAAAUACUUUUGCCUCAUCCCAGAAGGAUAUCUUAGAAGAAGCAGAUAUUACAGAAUUUGAACAAGACCAAAUUCUUGCAAUGGAAAGCCUGAAAUCAUGAGAUUUCCAGGGAGAAUUUACCCAAUGAUGGAGCAGAUUGGAUAACCCUCGCUCAAACUCAAGAUUAAGGACUGGGUGAAGCAUUAAAUCUAUCAGCGAUCUUGGCAAUUACUCAGAGUACUUCCAAAACAGAGAAUCAAUAGUCCCAUGGAUUUUUGAGAAUUGAAAUCACUUCAGAUUUCGGAAAUCUACUGCUUUUCGUGUGGUUUCUAUCAUGGACAAGUUGAUGGCUACUUUAUUGUAUUAUAAACAAAUGAGCACUGCCCAGAAGUCAUCAAUAGACAGAAGGAAAUACUACACUCAGUGAAAACUUAAAGAUAUUGAUAAUAUGAAUAAGUUAGAGCCAGUAGUAGUAACAUGAACUUUAAUGGCUAUGAAACUUGAAGAAAAAGAAUUUAUUCAUCUUUCCGAUAUCUUGAGAAGCCUUCAUUUAAAGACUUCUGAGAAUGAGAUUCAAUCACUUGAAAAAUCGAUCCUUGAGAUCCUUGAAUGGAAAAUAGCCUCUCACAACAUCUACAAUUUUUGGUCGCAGCAUUUUUAUAUCUAUUUGACAAUUUUUCAACCAAAAAUGAACUUGUUCCAGUUUGAAAAUUUCUGAGAGUCGAUAUUGGAGCUAUGCAUGAAGUCAACCAGAAUUUAUGAUUUCACAACAGAGACCGUAUCUCUUGCAACCGUCUGGUUGGUUAUUCUCACGAAUUAUGAUGAGAAACUUGACCCAGAAAAUGUCCUAAAACUAGCUCAUAAGUCCUUACUUUUUAAAACUGAAGAGUUCGUGGCAUGAUGUACUUGGAUCCUAGAACUGUAUUCAGAAUCAAAAACUGUUGAAAUUUAUUGUCUCGAAGACCCUCGUAAUUCGAUUUGGAAAGAUAUCUUACUUGAAAAGAUCGAGUUUGAGGAGCUUAAAAUAUUUGAGAGUCCAAUGAAGUAUCUGUCUCCUUAUCCUAGGACUUCUGAGAGAAGUACAAAUUUCAGGACUAGCCCGAACUCCCCAUCAGGUUACCCUUCAAAGGUGACUACCAGAGAAAGAAUGGUUCCAUCUCGAAUAAAUUUUGAUGACAAAAGUAAAGAAAUUUCUGAAGCAAGUCUCAAAAGGCAGGUUGGUUACCGUUGAUCUUCCUCUGCAUUCUCUUCAAAGACAAUUCAGGGGCACAUCAAGGCAUCCUUUCUUCGAGAAAAACAGGUCUCUGUUAAUUAAAGGUUUCUCUAGGCUUGUGCAUAAUCGGUGUCGUU